GAGAAAGUGCGAAGGGAUAAGGCGGAUAGGGCGAUUGCAGAGAUCCCUUCGGUACUGAAGGGAUACGGAGAACGAAUGACCUACCGAUCACCUUCGCCCCGGCUCCGUGGAGAAGCUGCCAUUGCCAUCGGGGAAGCCUCCAAAGCUUCACAUGGAGUGCCGUGGCGCAGUCUCCCAGGCUACAGCAAGGGUGCUCUUUGCCAGACGAUGGUUGGCAGUGUGGCGCCCACAAAGAGAGCCCGAACUCUCGCGGAAUAUUCUGAAAAGCUAGGUGACAGCACCAUGAAGGAGUUGCUGUAUCCACAGGCGAAGCCAGUCCCAGCGAAAAAAGACCAUCAAUUCGAGGCCUGGUUGAUGUCUGUGCAGACUUGCUUGAAAUCGAUCAGUUCUCCCCAAAGUCCAACUCCACAAAGUCCUCCAGCUAGUCCAGCCUCACCAAGUUCCAGAAGGGCAGGAUCACCUACUCUGACCGAGAAGCAGCAGAUGUGCAAGCCGCUGAAGAAGUAUUUGGAAAGCGAUCUUAGCACACAGGACGCAUGCCCUUUCGCUCGGAAUGAUUCUGAUUCCGCGGCGAGGGAGACACUAGCGCCCACGGUGAAAGUUCGAGUACGCGUGCCUCCCCCUUGCACCAGGAGAGCACCUGAAAUCGCAGCUGCGGACCUGGUACAGGAAAAGAACCGCAGGUGGCAAUUUCUUCAGGAUAUGGCAGAGAUAAAGAACGGGCUUUCCUCAUGUAGCUACAGGUCUCCAAGGAGAUCGCUAGGGUCGCCGAGGUUAGCGCACAGAGAGGAGAAUCCGUUGCUGAAGAUCAGAGAAUGCAGCAACUAUUCUCAUACCUGUGAAGAACUGGACCCAGUACCUCUGGGGGUGUUUCUGCAUGCGGUCUUUGCAUGCAAUGUGCAUUAUGCUGACUCCUCUGUCGCCCAUGAGUCCUCUGGUCACCAGUACAUACUACCAGGAAGCCUUGCGACCACGCUGGCGAUGAGGCGGUUUGGUCAGGCUGACGAUUCAGACCAUCUGAAAGCAGGUGAGCGACAGAAAGCUCCUGGCUGUGCAAGGCCGAAGCGGCUCCCAACAUUCUUAGGUUUUUCUGAAGUUACGGAUGUCGUUCACGUGUCACGGCACUUUGCCAUCGUCCACCUGCAGUCAUUGGUUGGGCACUACUGGAUUGAUCACUCCAUAGGGUGGUUGGCUUUGGUCGACUGCGUCUGUAGCAUAGCCAAGCGUAGCCCUCAAUACUCCUGGGUGGUGAUCAAACGAUAUCAGAUCAAGUGGCUGCCCGCCUUUCAUCAUUCAAUCCAGACUGCACAGAUCCGAGCGUCGGAUGCCUGGUAUUUAGAGCUCCAUCCUGGUUGGAGAAUGGUGGUGAUUUGGUACUACUUCAGUGGGGUUCUGGUGUCAGUCUUGCCAGCUGUGUUCUUUUUCGUGAACCACUGUCGCGGGGGUCUCGAUCCUGCAUAUCGGCGGCAUCAUAGGUUGACCCCAAAUACAUCGCUUGCCAAUGUCCAAGCUUUGGCAAGAGAGGAUGGGAUUGAUGUGCAGCUACAGGCUGAACCCCCCAGAUGUCCAUGUUUAUCUGCUACCACAAACGAGAAGGCGUUCAUCGUUCGCUAUGCCUUUCUAUGUCAGGUGUGCCUGAUCGGGUUGAACAUUUCCCUGACACCUUUGGCAAAUGUCUUGGCGCACGGAAAAUUUAAGCUCGGACAGGAAAUUGUUCUAUUGAAGCUGCUUGGAGACUUCGUUGGCCGUGUGCUGUUUUUCUGCCUGCCCGCUCCUAGGCAAUUGAGGCUUCACCUGUGUCUGAACUGGGCCGUGGUUGCUUUGCGUUUACCUGUUUGGCUUGUGUUGGUUGGACACGCGCUCAGCAAGGAGCCAUGGUUCUCAGAUCCAGUGCUACUGACCAUUUGGCUGCCAUUUGUCGUCUCAGCUGCUUUCGGUGGAAGUUGGCUUCAAGUUCUGGCCAUCCAGGCAGCAGAUGAGCAAGAGAAGCGUGCAAUUGCUGCACGGAUGAACAUGGCCGUUUACUACGGCUUUGUCAGCGGCGUGGUUUUCGCAGCGGUAUUCGCCUUUGCAGCUGGCUGA